AUGAUGAUCAACUCGGAAAUGACCACAGCUACACCUGUUACGGUUUGCAAAAUCAGAUAUAUCUCCAAUAUUUAGAGUAAACGUCUUGACAAAAAAAACAAAAGGAGCAGCUUUACCCCAGUUAUUUUGCAGGAGAGAGACAAAGGAUUGAGACCUAGUGAAAAUGAAUAUAACAAUGAAAAAUAUGUGACUUAAAUGGGAGGACAAAGGUGUAAAGUCCUAUUUAGAGUAUUUUUUGUGUCUAAUGGGUCAUUGUCCAAGGAGCUUUACCUUUCUAGGUGCUCUAUUUCAUUUUAUUUCGUGGUUAUUUUCUUAACCCUAUCUUUUGAAGCUUCACUGCAUCUGGUUUGUGAGUUGGGAUAAAAAGCUCAUUUGAUCAAGUAUUUGAGUAUCUUCAUUCCUCUAGUUAAUGAUCUCGAUAAAAGCGAUGAAAGAUUCACCGAACCUACCAACUAAGCUGAAUGCCUGCAUCGCAUCUCUCUUGCUAUCAAACUUGGACAAUAACAAGAGUUUUUGACAACUUAUCACAUCUUUAAUCGAAGCAUCUCAUUCCUAAAGUAUUCUGUGAGACAACUAAAGUUACAGUAAAGAGAGCUGUCUCCUUCAUCAACUAACCUAGAGAUUAGAUUCUCUCAAAUUUAUUGUCCUUUAUAAGCAUAGGACUAAUCUAAGAAAUCUGUUGUAUAAGUACAACCUUCUCAUCAACUGAAUGAGCCUUUGGUGACUUCAUCUUUCAAUAGUGAAUUCAGAUUGAUGAUUGCUAAAAUGACACUAAAUGAGAAGUAUUACUGUGAGAACUAUAGCUACCCAGCGAAUUUCUUCUUUAUGGUAGUAUUAGCAGUUAGCAGCAAUAACUCCUAUGCAUGCAUUAGGCGCAAUAAGACAUCAAUUUCAUCAACAAUGAUGUGUGCAUUGUUUUCAGGCGCUAUAUCAUCAUCGAUAUAAGCACGGUAUCUAACUUUAUCCUCACCCAUUAAAUUAAGAGUUAAAAGGAGUUCAAACUUGGACUCAUUUUUAUUCAUUAGAUGUUCAAAGGGUACUACUAAUUCAGACUAUCUAAUCAGCAAAGAUAUCAUAGAUAUUACCAGAAGCUAUUCCUUAACCAGAAGGACCAUAUUUAUCUCUAUUCCUUAUAAAUUUUAGCAGCACAGUACGAGCAGUACUGGGCAGGUGCAAACCACUCAUUGA